AUGGGCGUCGCAGGCGGAGCCAGGGCAGCGGACACAAAUUACGAGCUUCGGCUGCAGCUCAGAGCGGUGUUGAUCAUGCUCCCGGAGCGCUUCAUUCACGAUGUCCAGACUCCAACGGACGUGCAAAACAUCAACAAGUCUGCGACCCAGAUGUCAUCGACGCAGUUCCCAGUGGCAGCAGGGUCGGAUUGGGCAUGGCCCCCAGAGAUUCUGCUCCGAUGUGCUCGUGGAGAUUACACCAUCCUCAUCGUCAUGAUGAGGUGCUGCUUUUGCUUCGCCACUGUCCAUGGCUAUGAUCAUGCAGACACCCAGUACACCGAUCGGAUCAAGAUAUAUCUGGACGACACUGGCGGUGGCCAGGCCAUUGAUCCAGGCGAGUAUCGGUUCAGCUUCCCGGCUCUGGUGCCUCCGAGCAUGUCCAACAACAACUACUGGUCGAUUUCCUUGUGCUUCGAUCGGGAUUGUCAGCAACCCGACGGGCAGCACCCUGUCCAGCAAUGGUCCUGCAAAGCUGCAAGUCCACCACUUUCAGAUCCGCGCUCAUUGCCUAGCUAG